UGUGCCCUUACUCGGUUGCUGCGUCCCAAACAUUUUAUUGUAUGACUGUCUCCGCCAUUCAAGUGCGAAAACCUAAGUCCGUGAGUGAAAGUGUAUACAUUUUCAUUCACCUCGUUAGUUAUUGGCAGGUAAGCUGGUGGGCUCGGAGUGGAUUCCCUGGACCCCUUGAGUGUCGCGUAGUGCAGGCUACACGCUGAAUGCUGACGGACCUACGCUACUACGCUUUCUGUGUAAGAAAAGGUCUUGGAUCGCCCCUGUUUUUUGUUAUUUUUUUUACAGAAAAAAAAACUGUGGCAAGUUUUUGGGACUGGUGGACACAUACGAAAUCGAUGUUCACUGUUCAAAGGCUUCUGAAAACUAGAAGUGUGUGAAAUGGAUUAGAUCUCACGGAGGAAAGCUGGAGCACCACAGAAGAUCGAAAAAACGGAGACGGGGUCGAAAGGACUCGUUGAGUUCACAUAGCCAACGAGAAAAAGGUUUGUCUCGCCCCGCCUCCAGGAUGAUGUCACCAAAAGACAAACCUAAGAAGAAACCACCCAAAGACAGCAUGACCUUGCUGCCGUGUUUCUACUUUGUUGAGCUGCCUAUUGUAGCCUCCUCUAUGAUCUCGCUGUACUUCCUGGAGCUGACCGACAUCCUCCAGCCGGCCAGGGUGGGCUUCCGCUGUCACGACCGCGCGCUCAGCAUGCCGUACAUCGAGACGGGCGACGAGCUCAUCCCCCUGCUCAUGCUGCUCAGCUUGGCCUUCGCUGGACCAGCUGCCUCCAUUAUGAUCGGCGAAGCUCUGAUGUACUGCAUGCAGUCUCAUCUAAAGCAGCGGCGCAGUUGCGAGGGCAGCAUCAACGCUGGCGGCUGCAACUUCAACUCGUUUCUGCGCAGGACCGUUCGCUUCGUCGGAGUGCAUGUGUUUGGGCUCUGUGCCACAGCCCUGGUGACUGACGUCAUCCAGCUGGCCACUGGCUACCACACGCCCUUCUUCCUGACCGUGUGCAAGCCCAACUACACCUCCCCGGGCAUCUCCUGCGAGAAGAACCCCUACAUCACCCAGGACAUCUGCUCGGGGAGAGACCAGUACGCCAUCUUGUCUGCCAGGAAGACUUUCCCAUCUCAACAUGCCACCCUCUCUGGCUUCGCAGCUGUCUACAUAUCGAUGUACUUCAACUCCACCAUCUCCGACAGCACCAAGCUGCUCAAGCCCUUGUUGGUGUUUGCGUUUGCCAUCGCCGGAGCCUUGGCCAGCCUAACCCAGAUCACCCAGUACCGCAGCCACCCCAUCGACGUCUAUGUGGGCUUCGUUAUCGGAGCCGGCAUCGCUGUCUACCUGGCACUCUAUGCUGUGGGCAAUUUCAAGUCUCCCGAGGACGCCCCUCCUCGGCCCAUUAAGCAUCCCCAGGCGGUGCAGAAGGACGCCCUGCGCGCUCUCACACAGCGGGGACACGACUCGGUCUACCAGAAGGCCAGCGCCUCCGAGAGCAACGACGAGCUGGCCGGCCCAACCCACGUGGCCGGCCUCAACCGCAAGGUCCGGCGCGAGAAGGCCUCCAUGGGCAGCCUGAAGAGGGCCAGCGCCGACGUGGAGCUGUUGGCGCCCCGCAGCCCCAUGGGGAAGGAGACCAUGGUGACAUUCAGCAACACACUGCCGCGCGUCGCCACCAACACCGCCGAGGAGCUCGGCAACGGCGUCGGCGGCGUCGGUGGAGUUGGCGGCGUCUACGGUGGCAGCAGCACGACCCAACGGCAUAUGACCUUCCACGUGCCCAUGGACCCACAGCGCUCCAAGCAACUGGUGUCCGAGUGGAGGCAGAAGUCCAUCGAGAUGAGGAGCCUGAGCCUGAAGGACGACGAGCAGGACGGUUCGCCACUACCACCGCCACGGAGGGAGCUGCAGGGGGAGAGGCCGAAACCGCAGCAGGAGGAGGGGGAGGAGGAGGAGGAGGUAAGGAGGAGCUCGGGUCCUCCUCCCUCCACCCUCUACCCCACGGUGCAGGCGGCUAACCGGGGUGGCCAGCCAGGCCCAGUGGGGGCGCGCGUGGUGCUCCCCCCGCGGCCGCCCGGAGCCCCCCCGCUGGUGCACAUCCCCGAGGAGGCGUCGCGCCCACCGCCCGUCUCCCCGAAGAGCGCCACCACGCGCGCCAAGUGGCUCUCCAUGACCGAGAAGACGGCCGUCCCCGUGGCCACGCCUGAGCCGCCCCGCCUGCCGGCCCAGCCGCGCGUGGCGCAGGUCAUGGCCAUGUCCAAGCAGCACGGCCCCCUCGCCGUCACCUCCAAGUCCUCGGACGCGGGCGGGGCCGGCAGUGGCGGCGGGGGCUCGUCCUGCGCCACCUCCUCCACGGGCUCGGAGUCGCCCUACUACCGCAUCCCGUCCGACCGCGACAGCGGCAGCAUCGUCACCAUCGACGCCCACGCGCCGCACCACCCCGUGGUGCGCCUGUCCUCGGGCAACGGCAACCCCUGGGACUGGAUGAGCACCACCAACGGCGGGGGCACCUCCGAGGCGCAGGAGGCUGGCGGCGGUGGCGGCAUCAUCGACGGCACCAAGUCGCUCCACCGGCAGGACAGCAUCAGCAUGCACGACUACCAUCACCGCCCAGCCAAGGCCGACUCCGUGGGCUCCUCGGCCAGCGACUCCAGUCGCGAGCUGCCGCUGCCACCACCGCCACAUCCGGACCUGCUGCUGGACAGCGGCCACUCCCACUCGCGCACCCACAGCCUGAGCCGCCACUCACCGCUCCACCGCAAGCCCUCCAUGUCCGCCCGCGACUGGGACCCACUGGUGCAGCCUCCGCAGUUGGAGCCCGACCACUUUUUUAAGAACUUACAGACCGACAGCUUAAGCCGACGGUACAAAGACUGACCACCACAGGACUAGAGGCACUGGCCGCAAGGGCAGCUGUAUUGUGUAGGACUUGCUGUAAUUUUUAGCCUGUGAGGACGACAUUUUUGCAUCUCAGGAGAGAGACGCUCAACCCAAAUUGGCCAUCUUGUUGACUGAGCAUCUGGACGGAUUUCACUACAAGCCCUGCAGGUAUUAACGUCACUCGGCACUCAGCAAUCAGUCCUGUUUACACAGUCUGUGCAAGCAUUUGAUGGAGGAAACAUUGGCAUCCCAAAUAGAUUGUUUUGGACUAUGGAUAUUCUACUCAAAAUGAAUAAAUGGCCCUUGUACAUUUUCAUUGCACUGCAUUUUGGCAUCACCAACAGCCCUAAUUUAGCCAAGGUAAAACCAGACGAGUCUGCGACUACAUUUGAAUUUACUCAGCUCUGCAGAUCCGUCUGGAAAUUCUUCAGUUCACAACAAUUUUCAAAAUCACCAAAAACCCAGGAACCAAUCACAACCGCUCAUCCAUCAUGGGGCGGGGCUUCCUAUGAUGACAGACAGGGGAGUAUAGUUAGGAGCACUGCUGAACACAAACAAUGGCAGUGCUGAUGGCAUCAGUAUUAAAUUAUUCGUACUUUGUAUCUUCCUUGGAAGUGAGUAAACAACUGCAUUUAAAACCUUCAAUUACAAGAAAGAAGUGUUCGCUAAUACUU